UUGUUUUUUAUCCAUUUUUCAUCUGUCACAUUAAUAACUCAAUAAAGCUUGAUUUAGCUGAAAUUUUUUGAAACAAAAAUGGUUCUUGAAAGUACAAUCGUUUGCGUGGAUAACAGUGAAUUUAUGCGUAAUGGUGAUUUUGUACCAUCACGAUUACAAGCACAACAAGAUGCCGUAUCACUUGUUUGCCAUGCUAAACUACGAUCAAAUCCAGAGAACAAUGUAGCAUUGUUAACUAUGGCCGGUAAUCCGCAGGUGUUGACCACAUUAACCACCGAUGUUGGACGUGUUCUUGGUAAAUUACAUCAAGUACAAAUAUCUGGUGAAGCAAAUCUAUUGACUGGUAUUAAGAUUGCUCAUCUUGCAUUGAAACAUCGACAAGGAAAAAAUCAUAAAAUGCGAAUCGUAGCAUUUAUUGGAUCACCAGUUGAAACCGAGGAAAGAGAAUUGAUCAAGAUUGCUAAAAAAUUGAAAAAAGAAAAAGUCAAUGUUGAUAUUGUUAAUUUUGGUGAAGAAAUAUCGAACACAGAUAAGCUAUAUGCUUUCAUCAAAGUAUUGGAAGGUACAUCAUCACAUAUGGUUACAGUACCAUCUGGUUCAUUACUGUCGGAUGCAUUGUUCAGUUCACCAGUUAUACUUGGCGAAGAUGGUUCAGGUGCAGCUGGUCUUGGUGGUACUGGCUUUGAAUUUGGUAUCGAUCCAAAUGAAGAUCCAGAAUUAGCAUUGGCCUUAAGAGUUUCAAUGGAAGAACAACGACAACGACAAGAAGAGGAAGCUAGACAACAAGCAGCUGCAACAUCAGCUUCAGGUGGACAAUCUUCAGGUGAACAAAGUUCAUCCACGGCCAUUACCAACACCACCACUACAUCAUCAUCUUCAGCAAAUAAUGAUGCCUCGAAAACUGUGAAUACAAAAAAUUCAAAUGAAACAGCGAAAACUACUACUACUGCUGCUGGUGGUGGUGGUUCUAAUGAAGAAGAAAUGUUGGAAAAAGCAUUGGCCAUGUCAUUGGAACCAAUGGAUUCUGAACCAGUGGAUGUUUCACGUAUGACCGAAGAUGAACAGAUACAAUAUGCAAUGCAAAUGAGUUUACAAGCAUCAUCAUCAUCCAACAAGAAUGAUACGAAUAAAGAUGAUAAUUCAGCUAAAAACAAAAAAGAUAAAGAAGAACCAAUGGAUACGGAUGAUUCCAAUGACAAGAAAUGAUGAUUGAAUUUUUAAUCGAAUUGAAAACUUUGUAUACAAUUCUAAAUAAUUGAUUUGAAUUAAAAAAAAUUUCACUUUUUCAAAAACAAAA